AUGGCGGAAACUCAGAGCUCAUCGCCACCGUCAACGUCAAACCCAGCUUCCAGCAGUUUGGUCACCGUCGAUGAUCACAGAAAUCAAUCGAAACCCGAUCACCGGCAGUCGGAAAAUGCCUUGCCGGCCAAGAGAAAGCGGAAUUUACCAGGAAAUCCAGAUCCAGAUGCAGAAGUAAUUGCACUGUCGCCAAAAACCCUGCUGGCGACCAACAGAUUCGUGUGCGAGAUCUGCAACAAGGGGUUCCAGCGGGACCAGAACCUGCAGCUCCACCGGCGGGGCCACAACCUGCCGUGGAAGCUCCGGCAGAGGAGCGGCGGGGAGGCGGCGCGUAAGCGCGUGUACGUCUGCCCCGAGCCCACUUGCGCCCACCACGACCCCUCGCGCGCCCUCGGCGACCUCACCGGAAUCAAGAAGCACUUCUGCCGGAAGCACGGCGAGAAGAGCUUCAAGUGCGAGCGGUGCUCCAAGACCUACGCCGUCCGCUCCGACUGGAAAGCCCACAUGAAGACCUGCGGCACCCGCGAGUACCCCUGCGACUGCGGCACUUUGUUCUCCAGGAGGGACAGUUUCAUUACACAUAGAGCUUUCUGUGAUGCUUUGGCUCAAAGCUCACUGUCUCGGCCACCACCGCCUCCGAUCGCCGGAGGAGAUUCGAAGGCUCCGGCGGAAGUUCCACCGGAUGAGGCCGCCUCCAGUCCCCCACCGCCGCCUCUAACUCCGCAAACCGAGGUUUUAUCUCCGGUUUUGUCUGUUCACAGCUCGGCAGCAGAAUUGCCUGAAAAUCAGCCGCCACCACCACAAGAACCGGCAGCUUUAACUACUUCAAUAGCUCCGGCAAUCACAUCCGGCAGCUCUGGCGGCCCAUUUUUCUCCACUGCACUAAACCCAUCAACUUCCGAACCUCCCGAGCCUUCACAGGGCCCGGCAUUCGGCUCAAGCCAGUUCUGCCCAUUAUCCGGCACAUCCGGGCCCACGCCCGACCCAAUUUCGCUGUCUCUGUCCCCGUCGUUCUACGGCCCAUCCUCGUUUUUCCAGCCCACGACUCAAAACCAUCAUCACCCGAUUCACCCGCACUAUGUCUUGGGCCCGCAGCCUGCAUUAUCCGCAACAGCACUGCUCCAAAAGGCGGCCCAGAUGGGCUCCAAGUCAUCUGGCUCCUCGUUCCUCCGCGGGCUUGGGCUGGGCCCACCAUCUCCUCCUGGCCCGCAUCAGGGCACUAGUAAGAUAGAGAGCAGCCUAAUGGUGUCUGGACUCGGGCUUGGGCUAAACUCGGGCGGGUCGUCGGGCUUGAACGACUUGAUGAUGGGCUCGUCGAUUUUCGGCGAAAGGCCUCCGACCCUCGACUUUCUUGGGUUGGGAAUGGCAGGUGAUGAUCGGACCCAGCCCGUGGGUCUAUCGACCUUUCUUGGCCCGGCGGGUAAUAUGGGUAAUGAUUCGUUUGGUGGCACGUGGGGUGAUGAGUCGUCUGACCGGAAACCGAGCUUAUAG